UUCAUAUUCUUUACACCAACACAACAGUAAAUCUUAUUGAACAACAACAGAACAUUUCUCACUCACUCUCUCCAUUUCUCUCUUCCUCUAUUCUCACUCUUUCUCUUCAGUUUAUCUUCUUCUUCUUCUUCCUUUACAUUAUCUUAAUAUUUUCUUUUUCUUUUUUAUUAUUUAGUCAUUUUUUGUUAUUUUCUCUUUUUUUCAUAAAAUGUUUUCUAUCAACAAUUAACUCUCUCUCUCUCUCUUAUUGUCUCUUAAUCUCAACACCAAGAAGCAUGUCCACAGCCAAGGAAAGGUUAACUGCUAUUUCGGGUCAUGUUAACAGUAAAAGUGAAUUUAAUUGUGAUUCCAAUGGAUUCUCAGGUAAACCGAUAAUCUCACCUAGUGAAUUAACAACGGACAUGAUUGAAUCUUCUCAAUUAUCACCAUCAAUUGCCAUUAGUGAUUCUAUCCAAUGUGAAAAUAAAUCAAAUCAAUUAGCAAAAGAUAACAAGGAAAUCGGUUCAAUACCCUACAAGAGACAAGAUUUACUUAAGUGGAAUGGUUGGGGUUACAAAGAUUCUGGUUUCUCAGUUGAUCCUGAUUGUUAUGAUAUAACCUUUACUGGAGAUCGGUACAAGAUUGGCAACCGGAAGCUCCCAUUGUUCAAGAAAUGGGUUGAGUUAACACUAUCAGUUGAUCUCAGCAAUAAAUUGACAAGUCAGUGUCAACCUGAUCUUGAAAAGAUACCUAAACCGAUAAUUAACUCAAAAUUUGUCAAAGAAAUUGAAUCGAUUAACAUAAAAACAUCAACAGAUUCUGAGGAUCGUUUAUUUCGUUCUCAUGGUCAUUGUCUCCAUGAGAUAUUUACCCUUCGUGCAAAGGGUACACUUGAACGUAUUCCUGAUUUAAUUGUAUGGCCUCGUAAUCAUGAUGAUGUAGUUAAACUGGUUCGUAUUGCUGAUAAGAAUAAUGUUGUUAUCAUACCUUUCGGUGGAGGGACCAGUGUCUCGGGUGCCUUGGAAUGUCCAGUUAAUGAGAAUCGUAUGAUUGUUUCAAUGGAUACUUCAAGAAUGAAUAAAAUCCUCUGGAUUGACCAUGUUAAUCUAACUGCUCAUGCUGAGGCGGGUAUUAUUGGUCAAGAUUUGGAGACACAAUUGGCCAAAUAUAAUCUUUGUACCGGCCAUGAGCCUGAUUCAUUUGAAUUUAGUUCUCUUGGUGGUUGGGUUGCUACCCGAGCUUCUGGGAUGAAGAAAAAUAUCUAUGGUAAUAUUGAAGAUUUACUUAUUCACGUUAGAAUGGUUUCAUCUAUUGGAACAAUUGAGAAAAAUUGUAAUGUUCCAAGAAUCUCUUCGGGACCUGAUAUUCACCAUAUUAUCCUCGGUUCUGAGGGUACAUUAGGUGUAAUUACCGAGGUUACACUAAAAGUCAGGCCACUUCCCGGAUGUAAAAGGUACAAUUCAAUUGUAUUUCCAUGUUUUGAAGAUGGUUACCGGUUUAUGAGAGAAUUGGCUCGACAACGAUUAAAACCUGCUUCCGUUCGUUUAAUGGAUAAUCAACAAUUUAUCUUUGGUCAAGCAUUAAAACCAGAGGCUAGUUCAUUAUGGACUUCGAUGAAAGAUUUUUUCAAGCGAUUGUACAUAACCAAACUGAAGGGCUUCCGAGUUGACGAAAUGUGUGUAGCCACUAUACUAAUGGAAGGAACCCUAGAGGAAGUUGAGACCCUGGAAAAAAAGUUAUUGGAAAUAUCAUCGGAAAAUAAUGGCUUAGCUGCUGGUGAAGAAAAUGGUAAAACUGGUUACAUGUUAACCUUCGUGAUUGCAUAUAUAAGGGAUAUUGGACUUGAUUAUGGUGUUUUAGCGGAAUCAUUUGAAACAUCGGUACCAUGGGAUAGAUGUCUCGAUGUUUGUACCAAUGUUAAAGAUUGUAUCGCUCGAGAAGUUAAAAAAUAUGGUAUCAAAAAACCCGCUCUGAUAACUUGCCGGAUAACUCAAACAUAUGAUACCGGAGCUUGUGUUUACUUUUAUUUUGCCUUUAAUUACCUUGAAGGUGUUACAGGUGAUCCUGUUGAAAUUUAUCAUGCAAUUGAAAAUUCAGCUAGAGAUGAGAUAAUUGCCUGCGGGGGAAGUAUCUCCCAUCAUCAUGGUGUUGGAAAGGUUAGAAAAAAAUGGCUCCGUGAAACUGUUUCAGAUACUGGAUUAGGUGUGAUGAAGGCGAUCAAAAAUUACAUGGAUCCACAUAAUGUUUUCGCCAAUGGUAAUUUGAUGAGCUGAUUAAUAUUCCUGAUGAUUAACACAAGGGAAAAACAAAAAAAAAAUUUAACAAGAGAAACAACAAUCAAAUUAACCAGAAUAAUAAUCCAACCGUUUGAAUAUACAAAAUUUAACUAUUUAACCUUAUCCUAGGACGAUAAUUGAAUUUAAAUCAUGUAUGUAUAUUAUCCGAAACUGCUAAUGGAUAUAUUUUAUCAUCAUCGACACAAACAAAAAGCUUUUGUACCCAAUGCCAAAUCAAACAGAGACAACACAAUUUACAUUAAUUGUUUAACUAAUUUACAAUUGUUUGUAAAUUUAAAUUUUGUUUGUCUCGUUGCUUUUUUUAAAAGUUCAUCAUUUUAAACAAUCAACAAAAUCUAAAAAGUUGAUCAAGUGUGAUAUAAGAAAAAAGAGGAAGAAAAAGUGAAGACAAAUCGAAGCAAUAAGAUUUAAGUGUAACAAUUAGUAAAAAAUCGUAAUUACGACGAGAAAAAGAGAGACGAAUGAAGAUAAUCACAGAAAAGAAACAAAAGAAAACAUAAUGAAUUAAAUAUUAAUUUUAUAAAUUUCA